AAGAGAGGAAAAAGGUCAAACCAAUUUGUUUCUCUCUGUUUCCUCCUGAGUCCUGCCUUAUUUCGUUCAUGGAUUCACUGAAAUCGAGCAUUCCUCAAGUGGGUUUGCACCGAAACUUCGAUCUCUCUUUUCCCAGUCUGCCUAUGCCCCCAUCAAGGCUAAAAGUUACAUGCGGGUCGAGAAAGAUUGGACCAAGAAAACCAAUGUGGAGGUCAAGGGUGUUGUCUCCAGAAGCCAUACAAGCUGUCCAAUCUUUGAAAUUAGCAAAAUCUCCAGGCAAAUUAGCAGAGGUCUUUGCCAAUAGAAUCAGCAGACUCAUGAAGGCCGACUUGUUGGAUACUUUAUACGAGCUGCAAAGGCAAAACGAAGUAGAAUUAGCCCUUCAGGUGUUUAAUUUUGCAAGAAAAGAAAUUUGGUAUGAACCGGGUAUAUCUAUUUUCACUGACAUGAUCCUGAUGUUGGGAAAGAGUAGCAAUAUUGAAAUGGCUGAACAGCUUUUUGGCGAGCUAGAGAAAGAAGGCCUAAGGCCUGACACCAGAACAUACACUGAGAUGAUUGGAGCAUAUUUCCGUAUCAAAAUGAUAGAAAAGGCAAUGGAGUCAAAUGAAUCAAUGAAGGGAUCAGGUUGUGUUCCUGACAAGCUAACAUUCAGGAUCUUGAUAAAGAACCUUGAAAAGACUGGCAAAAAAGAACUUAUAGCUACAGUGAAGAAAGAUUGUCUUUCCUAUAUUAAGUACCCUGAGAAAUUUCUUGAAGAGGUUGAAAAGACAUACCCAAAGCGAAGGUUACUCAACGUUGUUUGAAGAUAUGUAGCAUCUUUCAACCAUGUCCUCCUUUGUGCUACCUUGAAUUUCACAAUCCUUGGAGCUGGAUGAAGCUUGUCACCAUAGCCAGCUACCUUGAGAUAGUUGCUGCCAGCUUAUUGGCAUAUGAGCUGGCAAUUCUCACAUUGACUGGAAUGCAAGGAACAACUGAGCACUAUGCCGGGAACAUCCUACCCUGGACUUACCAACGGUCUAACAAGAUUCCUGACCACUGGAGACAAAUUAAAGUGGACAGCUACUACCACUACUCAAAAGGAGUCAAGACAGUCAACAAUCAUUCCAACCACUACACCAGUCACUCCAAAAAGAGACAAAGAAAAAGUGACGGAAAUGGCAUCCGAAGAAACAGCCAGUAACUUUUUGAUAAAGCAAAUUAUGCAGAAUCCCGAGAUGCUGAAAGAAUAUCUGAAAUAUUUACAAAAGCCAAAAGAAGAAGACAAAAUAGAGGAACCAGCAGGAUCAUCCGAAUCUACUUUUGAUCCUUUUGAUGAUCCCAUCGGUGGACAAAAUCCAAACGACUUUUGAAAAAGAAUGUCGGCCACAACAAAUGAAAGCAAAAUUGAAAUUCAAAUAAAAAUGAAAUGCAGAAUCGAGCUUCUAUAAAUAGAUUCAAGAUUCAGAAGACAGGCAUCGGCAAAUAUCAGAAGUUGUAAUAGACUUGUCUAAGUUUUCCUACUACUCCCACUCACUCUUAGUUCUUCUACUAUUCCCACUCACUCUAAAUAACCAUUGUACUCAAAAGCCUUUGUAGAAGUGGAUUUCAUCAUUACAAUAAAGUUUCCAUUGUUGAAUUCAAGCUUCCGAUUGUGCACUCUCAAAAGUCAAGAACAACUGAGCACUAUGCCGGGAACAUCCUACCCUGGACUUACCAACGGUCUAACAAGAUUCCUGACCACUGGAGACAAAUUAAAGUGGACAGCUACUACCACUACUCAAAAGGAGUCAAGACAGUCAACAAUCAUUCCAACCACUACACCAGUCACUCCAAAAAGAGACAAAGAAAAAGUGACGGAAAUGGCAUCCGAAGAAACAGCCAGUAACUUUUUGAUAAAGCAAAUUAUGCAGAAUCCCGAGAUGCUGAAAGAAUAUCUGAAAUAUUUACAAAAGCCAAAAGAAGAAGACAAAAUAGAGGAACCAGCAGGAUCAUCCGAAUCUACUUUUGAUCCUUUUGAUGAUCCCAUCGGUGGACAAAAUCCAAACGACUUUUGAAAAAGAAUGUCGGCCACAACAAAUGAAAGCAAAAUUGAAAUUCAAAUAAAAAUGAAAUGCAGAAUCGAGCUUCUAUAAAUAGAUUCAAGAUUCAGAAGACAGGCAUCGGCAAAUAUCAGAAGUUGUAAUAGACUUGUCUAAGUUUUCCUACUACUCCCACUCACUCUUAGUUCUUCUACUAUUCCCACUCACUCUAAAUAACCAUUGUACUCAAAAGCCUUUGUAGAAGUGGAUUUCAUCAUUACAAUAAAGUUUCCAUUGUUGAAUUCAAGCUUCCGAUUGUGCACUCUCAAAAGUCAAGAACAACUGAGCACUAUGCCGGGAACAUCCUACCCUGGACUUACCAACGGUCUAACAAGAUUCCUGACCACUGGAGACAAAUUAAAGUGGACAGCUACUACCACUACUCAAAAGGAGUCAAGACAGUCAACAAUCAUUCCAACCACUACACCAGUCACUCCAAAAAGAGACAAAGAAAAAGUGACGGAAAUGGCAUCCGAAGAAACAGCCAGUAACUUUUUGAUAAAGCAAAUUAUGCAGAAUCCCGAGAUGCUGAAAGAAUAUCUGAAAUAUUUACAAAAGCCAAAAGAAGAAGACAAAAUAGAGGAACCAGCAGGAUCAUCCGAAUCUACUUUUGAUCCUUUUGAUGAUCCCAUCGGUGGACAAAAUCCAAACGACUUUUGAAAAAGAAUGUCGGCCACAACAAAUGAAAGCAAAAUUGAAAUUCAAAUAAAAAUGAAAUGCAGAAUCGAGCUUCUAUAAAUAGAUUCAAGAUUCAGAAGACAGGCAUCGGCAAAUAUCAGAAGUUGUAAUAGACUUGUCUAAGUUUUCCUACUACUCCCACUCACUCUUAGUUCUUCUACUAUUCCCACUCACUCUAAAUAACCAUUGUACUCAAAAGCCUUUGUAGAAGUGGAUUUCAUCAUUACAAUAAAGUUUCCAUUGUUGAAUUCAAGCUUCCGAUUGUGCACUCUCAAAAGUCAAGAACAACUGAGCACUAUGCCGGGAACAUCCUACCCUGGACUUACCAACGGUCUAACAAGAUUCCUGACCACUGGAGACAAAUUAAAGUGGACAGCUACUACCACUACUCAAAAGGAGUCAAGACAGUCAACAAUCAUUCCAACCACUACACCAGUCACUCCAAAAAGAGACAAAGAAAAAGUGACGGAAAUGGCAUCCGAAGAAACAGCCAGUAACUUUUUGAUAAAGCAAAUUAUGCAGAAUCCCGAGAUGCUGAAAGAAUAUCUGAAAUAUUUACAAAAGCCAAAAGAAGAAGACAAAAUAGAGGAACCAGCAGGAUCAUCCGAAUCUACUUUUGAUCCUUUUGAUGAUCCCAUCGGUGGACAAAAUCCAAACGACUUUUGAAAAAGAAUGUCGGCCACAACAAAUGAAAGCAAAAUUGAAAUUCAAAUAAAAAUGAAAUGCAGAAUCGAGCUUCUAUAAAUAGAUUCAAGAUUCAGAAGACAGGCAUCGGCAAAUAUCAGAAGUUGUAAUAGACUUGUCUAAGUUUUCCUACUACUCCCACUCACUCUUAGUUCUUCUACUAUUCCCACUCACUCUAAAUAACCAUUGUACUCAAAAGCCUUUGUAGAAGUGGAUUUCAUCAUUACAAUAAAGUUUCCAUUGUUGAAUUCAA